CUCCGCUCCGGGCGCCAUUUUGUGCGCGGCGGGGCCGGUCGGUACCGGGAGUGGCUCCGGGCGGGCAGCGCUCCCCGCCGCCUGCAGGGCGCCAUGCCGGCCGGGCCGGUGCAAGCGCUGCCUCCGGCGCAGCCAGCGCCGCCUCCUGCCGAGAGCAAACCGCCAGAAGAGGAGUCAAAAGAGGAAGCAGCACCAGCUAAGCCUGUGGUAGGAAUUAUUUACCCUCCUCCAGAAGUCAGGAAUAUUGUUGACAAGACUGCCAGCUUCGUAGCCAGAAAUGGUCCAGAAUUCGAAGCUCGAAUUCGUCAGAAUGAAAUAAAUAACCCCAAGUUCAAUUUCUUGAACCCCAACGACCCUUACCAUGCCUACUACCGGCACAAGGUCAGCGAGUUCAAAGAGGGCAAAGCCCAGGAGCCCUCAGCUGCUGUUCCCAAGGUCAUGCAGCAGCAGCAAAGUGCUCAGCAGCAGCUUCCCCAGAAGGUGCAGGCCCAGGUGAUCCAGGAGACAGUUGUUCCAAAGGAGCCACCUCCGGAGUUUGAGUUCAUCGCGGAUCCUCCCUCCAUCUCAGCCUUUGACCUGGACGUGGUGAAGCUCACGGCGCAGUUCGUGGCUCGCAACGGGCGGCAGUUCCUGACUCAGCUGAUGCAGAAGGAGCAGAGGAACUACCAGUUCGACUUCCUUCGCCCCCAGCACAGCCUCUUCAACUACUUCACUAAGCUGGUUGAGCAGUACACAAAGAUCUUGAUCCCACCAAAAGGCUUACUCCUCAAACUCAAGAAAGAGGCUGAAAAUCCCAAGGAAGUCCUAGACCAGGUGUAUUACAGAGUGGAGUGGGCAAAGUUCCAGGAGCGAGAGAGAAAGAAGGAAGAGGAGGAGAAGGAAAAGGAGCGUGUUGCCUAUGCCCAGAUUGAUUGGCAUGACUUUGUGGUCGUGGAAACAGUUGACUUCCAGCCCAGUGAGCAAGGGAAUUUCCCUCCUCCCACCACUCCAGAAGAGCUGGGAGCUCGAAUCCUGAUUCAGGAGCGUUAUGAGAAGUUUGGAGAAAGUGAGGAGGUGGAGAUGGAGGUGGAGUCAGAUGAGGAAGAUGAAAAGCAAGAGAAAACAGAUGAGCCCCCAGCCCAGCUGGAUCAAGACACACAAGUGCAGGAUAUGGAUGAGGGCUCAGAUGAUGAAGAUGAAGGUCAGAAGGUUCCUCCUCCUCCAGAAACCCCGAUGCCACCACCUCUGCCUCCCACACCGGAUCAGGUCAUUGUGCGGAAGGAUUACGAUCCCAAAGCCUCAAAACCAUUGCCACCUGCCCCAGCUCCGGAUGAGUAUCUUGUUUCCCCCAUCACUGGAGAGAAGAUUCCUGCCAGUAAAAUGCAGGAGCACAUGCGGAUCGGUCUCCUGGAUCCUCGGUGGUUGGAGCAGCGGGAUCGCUCCAUCCGGGAGAAGCAGAGCGAUGAUGAGGUCUAUGCCCCAGGUCUGGAUAUUGAAAGCAGCUUGAAGCAGCUGGCAGAGCGCCGUACGGAUAUCUUUGGUGUAGAAGAGACUGCUAUUGGUAAAAAGAUUGGUGAGGAAGAGAUCCAGAAACCAGAGGAAAAGGUGACCUGGGACGGGCACUCGGGCAGCAUGGCCCGCACACAACAGGCUGCUCAGGCCAAUAUCACUCUCCAAGAGCAAAUUGAAGCUAUCCAUAAGGCUAAGGGACUGGUGCCAGAAGAUGACAGCAAGGAGAAGAUUGGCCCCAGCAAACCCAAUGAAAUGCCCCAGCCACCUCCUCCUUCUUCUGCAUCAAACCCCCCGGCCAGUGCUCAGCCCAUCACCUCCGUCCCUCGUCCACCCACCAUGCCGCCUCCCGUCCGUGCCGCUGUUGUUUCCGCCGUUCCGGUCAUGCCUCGUCCCCCCAUGACCUCGGUGGUGCGUCUGCCCCCGGGGUCAGUCAUAGCCACCCCCAUGCCCCCCAUCAUCCACACCCCCCGCAUCAACGUGGUCCCCAUGCCGCCCUCCGCGCCGCCCAUCAUGAGUCCCCGCCCGCCACCCAUGAUCGUCCCCACAGCAUUUGUUCCUGCACCUCCCGUGGCUCCGGUGCCUUCCCCAGCACCGAUGCCUCCCGUUCACCCACCACCACCCAUGGAGGAUGAGCCAGUCUCCAAGAAACUGAAGAGUGAGGAUAGCUUGAUUCCAGAGGAGGAGUUUCUGCGCCGGAACAAGGGUCCAGUCACAGUCAAGGUCCAGGUUCCCAACAUGCAGGACAAGACAGAAUGGAAGCUGAAUGGCCAGGUGUUGGUGUUCACCCUGCCGCUCUCAGACCAGGUGUCUGUUAUAAAGGUGAAGAUCCACGAGGCCACGGGGAUGCCAGCUGGGAAACAGAAGCUGCAGUAUGAGGGCAUCUUCAUCAAGGAUUCAAACUCCCUGGCCUAUUACAACAUGACCAGUGGCUCCCUCAUUCACCUGGCACUCAAAGAAAGAGGAGGCAGAAAGAAAUAGGGACCACAGAGCCCCAAGAUGUCCCGUGGCUGCCCUGACACCUCUGUAACCCCAACCCUUUGAAUCCUCCUGCCUGUUUUAGGGGCUCUGGUGCCUGCCUGCCAGUUGUAGUAUGAAAAGAGAGACUGUGAGCCCUGUGUUGGGGGGCUGGUGAGAGGGGCAAGCUGCUGGAGCCCCAAGAUGUGUCCGUGUAGUGAGCUAGUGUGUAGGUGCUACAGGCAAUGGAUGUUUUGCUCAAGUGCUGUGCCUCCUAGAAUUCCCUCACAAAGCAGCAUUGAGGUCAUGCCCAUCUUAGUCUAGAUCCAUCUUGGAGGAAUUGUCUGCCUACAGCUGCUUCAUUUAACCUGUUUCUAAUUGAAACCACCUUCCUUCUCAACACACUUAUUAAGCUCCUUUUUCUUUCUCUCUCCAGUUUAUUUGCUGGAGCCCCUUGUGCUGACCCUGACUUGGAAAUUUUCUCCUCCCUCUGUGCGGGUGUUUGUGGCUGUUGCCCAGCUGUGUGUGCACCAAGCAGCCUCAAGCUGCUGCUGCACAACUUGGGAUUUGUUGCAAUAAACACCCCGUGGUGCAGGG